GCAAAAUAAUCACACGAGCGUUUGAAAGAUAGGGAAAAAUCACUAUCAGUGAAUCGCAGUGUAAUGACAAAGACAACACAUGUCCAAGAUGAGUUUGGCAAGGACAACAUUUUCCUCACAACCAUUUUUAGUUUUAAGCAAAGCAGUUUACCCUGGUCAUGUACAAAGUUGCAACAGAAAAGUUUUAACGAACAUCUUUAAACGAAGAAUUAAGGAGGAGGAGCCAAAACCUAUGGCAGAAAUUGAACCAGAGAGAGCUCCUGUAAAGUUUAGCAAUUACACAGAGAAUAACUUGAAAAAAAGAACAUCAAUUCAAACAAGAAGGGCUUAUUUGCCACCAGAAGAUGUGGAGGGUAAAGUACAUCGCAUUGUGAAAGAAGUUUAUGGAAAGACGGCAGAUGUGCAGAACAUAGACUUGGAUGAAGACAGACGCAAGAAAUUUACAGUUCUUACAAAGAUGAUGAAGGAGUUUGACCACUUUAUUCCCAAUACAGAGCUACACGAUAUGAAAACCAUUGAUCAGGCUGUGAAUUUCUUCCUAACAGAAGUGAGAGACACAACUUGCCUAGAGGACCUCACAAAACUAGAUUUACCCAAAAAUCUUCACAUGAACACAGAGUACCUCCGCUACGAUCGUGAAAAUAAUCCAUUGUGGCCAGGGAAAGAUGCGUUUCCAGGACAACAAACCAGAGCCUGCAGUGCAAAGUUUGCGCGAAAGUAUAAUGUGGUGGACAAAUCAAAGGACAAAUAUAUAUUCAAUUUGAACAGAAAGACAUUCUUUGAGGAACAGACUGAGUUAGCUGAAAUUAUUAAGAAAGAAAUAUAUAAAAAAUAAAGAAUUUUCUGUCAUGAUU